AUUGUCAGAGUACACUAUACUAUCAACACAUCCCGUUAAAUUUAUCCUAACUUGUCCCAACUGAAUUGAUUUUUUUUCUUAUUUAGGACAACUUUUAAAAAAUCGUCCAGAUUGAUGGAAAUACAGUCUUUCUAAUUCAGGGCAGUAAAUUUAUGGAAUCUGAACUUCACAAUCUUACAAUGUCACAUGGCAUUAGCAGUGGUGACCAAGCACAAGCUUCCUCAUCAUCAUGUGGUCGAAAACUUUCAUACCCACCCGAAAUAGAUGAGCAGCUGGUACAUUGGGUAAAAACUGAACAAAAUGCUGGUGUAGUUAUGUCGCCUGAUAUGUUACGUCGUGAAGCCCUCAGAUUGAUUCAACCAUAUUGUUUUGAAUUCAAGGCCUCGACUGGAUGGCUGGACAAGUUUCUCACCCGACAUAAAUUAGUAUUACAUUCUAACAAUCACAGAUCUAAUGGAAAUGUGUAUCCACAAAAAGAUGCAAAUACUGAGGAAUUAAAAGAAGCUACAACUCAACCUCUUCCAAAGCUUUUGCCAGUAUCCGAAGUGGAUACUGUGUCAAGUGCUUUAAACACCAGCCUCCAAAACGAGGAUGAUCUCGAUGAUGAUGACGAUGAUGAUGAAAACGAAAACAAGAAAGAGGAAGGAGGAUCACAAAAACCUGUCAAUCCGGAGCGUCUAAAAGCUUUUAAUAUGUUUGUUCGAUUAUUUAUUGAUGAAAAUCUUGACAGACUUGUUCCCAUCUCCAAGCAGCCCAAAGAGAAAAUUAAUGCAAUUAUAAUGUCCUGCCAGAGACAGUUUCCAGAGUUCAGUGAUCGUGCAAGGAAGAGAAUCAGAACGUACUUGAAGUCUUGCCGUAGAUCGACACGUUUAAGAGAACCUUCAAGUAAACCUUCGAUGACGCAUAUACCUGCUUCUCAAUUGACUGAAGUCAAUAAUAUUUUGGCACAAGCUUGUGAAAACGAAACACAAGAAGUGGCGAAACGUCAAAGAGUGGAACUACCUGAUGGUUCAACCGCUUAUCAUGCGAAAACACUAACAGUGAAUGAACAUCCAACUCAACAACGUAAACUCUCUGCAAAAGUAGCAGAACUGCAGAAGGCUGCUUUAAGUAAAUCUCGAAUGCAAAAAGAAGUACCUGUAUUUCCAGCUUUUCUUCCAUCCAGUUUAAGAUCACCUGUCUUAAAGCUUUCGCAAACAGAAGUUACUGCAGUGAGAAGUCUGAUCGAUGGUUAUCGGCAAUCAGCAUCGUUUUUACACCGUUCUGCGGAUGAACUUGAACGCUUGUUAAAACACUGUGAAGCGUACACUGAUGAAGGUGGGGAGGAAAGUAGUGUCAACACUGAGAACAAAGUUAAAGUAGACAAAGUUGAGAAGCGUCCUAACGCAAAAGUUACUAACGAAAUAGAAAAGCCAGUGGAAGCUGUGGCAGAAAUACAAAUACCAAAGUCCGUAGAAACCAUAGAAAAACGAUCUACAAUGGACGAGCAGCUUACUAUCAAUGUGCAGAUGAAUGCAGUUGUCAAAAAAGAAGUUGAUCUGAAACGAGAAGAAAUAGAAUUACAGUCCGCACCAGAAUUGUUGCAUCUGCAUACUUCGUCUGCGCAAAUACCGGAGCGCGUUCAUUCACCUGUUAUCAAUACACAACGUUCACCGUUGCAUACUCAACAAUAUCAAGUUUUGCAAUCACCGAAUGUUCAUAAGCAGCUAUUGACUCCACAUUCACACGGAGUACGUCCAAGUAGUGUGCACCAACAUAGCACACAUUCGUCAACUCUUUCUCAACAACAACAACAACAGCAACAAGAACGAAGCAUUGUGUUAACGCAUGCUGGACACAACCCCAAUCGCAAUCCUUCCCCAUCUCAAAGUCUGCACACGCAAAAAAUGAGCCGUAACACCUCUCCGUCACCGACUGCACAUUCACAACAAGCUAGUCAUAACCACUCUCCAUCGCAGAUCAUUCAUUCGCAACAAAUGAGCCACAUUCCUUCAUCGCAAGGAAAUAUUUCUCAGAUGUACACAGUCAGGCAAAACCAGCAACCAACACGUCAUCUAAGUCAACAACAAAGGCAAUCGCAUUCUCUCUCUGCGAGCCACCACCAGCUGUCGCCUCACCAUCAACCUGUGUUCAAUUUUGAUUCCUCCGCCCAGCAGUUGCUUGACGUACGUCAGCAACAACACAUCCACCAGCGAUUAUCACCUCACCCAAUGAAUUACCACGCAUUAAUUUCUCCAGUCAGCUCGCCGCAUUUGCACGACAUACCGCGUCAGCCUCACUUACAGGAGAUUAGCCGGCAGACUCAUUUACAAGAUUUAAAUCGACAGCCGCAUAUGCAAGAUUUAAGUCGUCGCAGUCACUCUGAGUAUGGUAUGGUGUAUGAUCCCCAUCAAGCGCAUUAACAGCACUGAUUAUUUCCACAGCGGGUUAUUCUUUCCCCUACCAUAAACCAUCCAAAAAUUGAUGUGCACGCAUGUAUACAUAUUGUUAAGAGUUAAAAAGAUGUCUAUUUUUUCGUUCGUCGUCGAGUAUGGCCGAGAAAAUGUCAGGAUGUGUUCGUAUAUUCUUACCAAUUGUUUUAAACUAGCAAGUAAGAAUUAGGUGUAUAGUUAUAAUUAAUUCUUUAUUUUCGCUUAUUAUUAAAAAAAUCUUUUCUUAUUUAGUAAAUAUUUUUCUAGGUCACAUAAGCAAAUUUUUAUCUCUUAAUGAUGUACAAAUUCUAAUGUUUUAACAGGUAAAACUGACUUCGCUUAAAUGUUGUAAAAACAAAUUCUCAAGGAUACCAUAAACUCCCCUUCUCCAUCUCUCAUACUAGCGGAAGGAAUUCCAAAAAGAAAGAAUAAAAUGGGGGUCUUAAUUAGUCCCCUUUAGUAUUGUUUUGAACAUCUCGUGUAUGCAAUCUUUAUAUUGUAUUCUUGUUGUUAAACGAUUGAGCGCGAGUGUCUGCUAUUAAAAGACUGAGAUUUAAGCGUUCCUGCACUUAGUCAAUGCAUUACAAUAUUUAGGAAAA